GGUAAAUCCCAGCCCAGUUUCCGUCCUGGAGGUUGGGGCCUUGGCUCUCCUGAUGUCCUGCGCGCGACGACGGUUGCUGGGUCCUUGGGCGGGUGAGAGUUGCUAGAGGAAGUGUAGUCCUUGCAAGUAAGAAAGAAGAGAUCUUUCCAUCACGACUGACAGCAGAAUUAGUCCACUGAGCAGAUGCGAUUUAUACAAAUCGUGAAUCCGGGGAGAUGAGCCUGCACGUGCACCUGUAAUUGCAGAUGUGUUCCAGGAUUGGUUUCUGAUUCCCAGAAGGUUCUCCUUCCUUCCCCAACACCCCUGACCGUGAUUCCUCUUGGCUUUAUCGCAGUGGACAAGCACUGAGCUUUUUGAAGAUUAAAGACUGUAAUUGCACACACAGUGUGCCAGACACUGCGCUAGGGAGUCCUGACGUUGCUCUGUGGUGGCGCUAUUCUUGGAAUACUACCCUAUUAAGAUGGCUUAAAAGCUUGUCACCUUUAGGUUUUAAAGUUCCCUGCUGAAACGUAAGAUAUCUUAAGGCUGCAAACAAACUCCUGAAAGAUGAGCAAUCACAACACAGAAUCAGACAAGAAGGAUGAUCAUUUCCAAUCAUCUAUAACUGUUCAGAUGUCUAAAGGUCCUGAAGAAACUAUGAAACCAGAACCAGAACCAGAACCAGAACCAAAGGAAUCAGAAAGGAAGGAAACACAAAUAACUGAAAUAAAAAGGAAGGAGCCAGAAUGGAAGGAAAUGAAAAAGGAGAAGAGAAGUACAAAUACUUACUGUCCUCCACGAGGAACAAUAAACAAAACAAUUACAGAUGGAGUUGCACUCAUUGUAUUAUGGACUCUACUCUGGGCCCUUAGAGGUCAGGAUGUUCUCCCUGGUGGAAAUAUGUUUGGACUUAUAGUUAUUUUUUACAGUGCUUUCCUUGGGGGUAAAAUUUUAGAAGUCAUUAGAAUACCUGUAGUGCCUCCCCUCCCUCCUCUUCUUGGGAUGUUACUGGCUGGUUUCACCAUCAGGAAUGUUCCAAUUAUUUAUGAAUUUGUCCAUAUUCCUACCACAUGGUCUUCAACUUUAAGAAACACUGCCCUUACUAUUAUCCUAAUACGAGCUGGGCUUGGACUGGACCCACAGGCUUUGAAGCAUCUCAAGGGAGUUUGUUUGCGAUUGUCAUUUGGUCCAUGCCUCCUAGAGGCGUGCUCAGCUGCUCUUUUCUCCCACUUCAUUAUGAACUUUCCUUGGCAAUGGGGGUUCCUAUUAGGGUUAAUGGGUGCACUCACUGGGGCUGAGAAAUCAGUGGUUAUUAAGAAGAGACCUGCUUCACUGAAGUGCAAGCUCAGCACACAGAAGCUGUGGUCCAGAGAGGGCCAAGGCUGCAUCUCAUUGCAGACAGCUUCACUUGGUAAUAUUUUUGUCCUAGGCGCUGUCUCUCCUGCUGUUGUCGUCCCCAACAUGCUCACGUUGCAAGAGAAUGGAUAUGGUGUUGAGAAAGGCAUCCCAACCUUACUAGUGGCUGCCAGCAGUAUGGAUGAUAUCGUGGCCAUCACUGGAUUCAACACGUUCUUGAGCAUAGUCUUUUCCUCCGGUAGUGUAAUUAGCAAUAUCCUAUCAUCCUUGCGGGAUGUUCUUAUUGGUGUGCUGGUAGGAAUUGUUAUGGGAAUUUUUGUUCAGUAUUUUCCAAGUGGAGAUCAGGAGAGACUUACGCAGAGGCGAGCCUUCCUAGUUCUGAGUAUAUGUAUUUCUGCUGUCUUAGGCUGCCAGCACAUUGGCUUACAUGGAUCUGGGGGAUUGGUGACACUAGUGUUGUCGUUCAUGGCAGCAAAAAGAUGGGCUGGAGAGAAGGUUGGAAUCCAAAAAAUUGUUGCAAACACAUGGAAUGUUUUUCAGCCACUUCUGUUUGGCUUAGUGGGGACAGAAGUCUCUGUUGAAUCUCUUGAAUCAAAAACUAUUGGCAUGUGCAUUGCUACCUUGGGUUUGGCACUAUCUGUUCGAAUUUUAUCCACUUUCGUACUGAUGUCUUUUGCUAACUUUCGCUUCAAGGAGAAAGUCUUUAUUGCUUUAUCGUGGAUCCCUAAAGCUACAGUGCAGGCUGUCUUAGGCCCACUGGCUCUGGAAACAGCAAGGGUCAUGGCACCCCACUUGGAAGGAUACUCGAAGAAUGUGAUGACAGUGGCCUUUCUAGCCAUCCUGAUUACAGCUCCGAAUGGAGCCCUCAUCAUUGGCCUAUUGGGACCCAAAAUACUUGAACAUAGUGAGGUGACAUUCCCUUUAAAAGUGGAGCUUUCAAACUUUCACCAAUAAAAAGUUUGCAGUCACCACCUGCUUUGUCUCAUGAAUUAUCUCACAUGACAAAAAAAAGAACGUUACAGUACAGAAGUUUAAAGACUGUUCAUAGAAACCAGGAUUCACUAAACACACAACUUCUCUACAGAGCUUUCCUCUGGUUUUUGGUUCAAAGUAAAUUUAAUAAAAAUAGUCAACUGCA